GUAAGCCCCCGGUACGUCUCUCCAGUCCUCCGUUAUUAUAGGUAAAGUUAGGUCGGUGCAACAUAGCAUCGGCUUGGGCUGCAAAUGGUAUUCCACCGAUGCAUCCAGUCACUAUAGUCGCCACAACAAGAGGGACGCUCGAGUGGACGGGAUCGCAGUAUAAUUCUCCAUCGCACCGAUGCGAAGCUCACGUCGGCGCACUUUUCGCUCUAGCGUCAUAACGCCUAAUUGGGACUCUGCAUACGCCUCAAGUACACCACCGAGAUGACCGAGCCUACUUACAUCGUUCUGCUCGGCGUCGAAUCCGGCGAUUGUCAUUACAGUGUGGAAUACAUUAGCACCGAUCCCUACGACGUAGAGCGCGUGAGGACGCUAGACCGGCAGCUGCACCGUUGUCUCAUCGAGAUCAUCCAAGAGCGCGGUAUCAGCACCGGUCAGCUGCGACAGCACCUGAGCAAAGACGACUCGAUAAUCGAAGAUAUCAGCCGCCGGCAACCCGACCUCGGCAAAUUGCUUAUGAACAGAUUCGAUCUCCCACUGCUGUGGGUCGCUGUGUUAUGCCGCUACCAGGAGUCGGCUGAACUCCUUGUCCGCUACGGGGCCGACGUCGAGGAGACCUGCGACAUGCAGCGCUCGAUGCACGGCGUCAGAGUCAACAAAAAGCUGAGCAUACUACACGCCCUCGUAGAGAUGUAUCCCUCGGAGUGGAACGAGCGGUUCAUGGCCCUCGUCAUAGAGCACGAUGCCGACUUGGAAAUCCGAGACUGCUACGGGCGUAGCGUCCUGCACCUGGCGGUGCUCUACUGCAGAGUCGAGUUGAUCGAGAAGCUGCUGCAACUGGGAGUCGACGUGCAGACCUUCUGCGACAACGGCAAGACGCCGCUGCUCGAGGCAGCCGAUAACGAGAAGGCCGAGCUGUUGAUGCCGCUGCUGGUCAGGUACGGGGCCAGUCUCAACGACAGGGACCCCUUUGGCUUCAACGUCCUCUACUACCUGGCCUCGGCUCCCGGUGGACAACACCUCGAUCUGGCCAGAGACCUGAUCAAGUUCGGCAUCUCACCCCGGGAAAUUACGACCAACUCGGAGCACGACCAGACUAUUCACGUGGCCGUUCGGCACGACAAGAUCGAUUUGGUCAAUUUCUACCUGGACAACGGCGCCAGCGUGAACGCCUCAGGAUUCUAUGGCGAAGGCCCGCUGUCCGUCGCCGUGAAGAACUGCGAGGGCCCGGAGAUGAUGCUGAAUCUGCUGAGACGCGGCGCGGACAUCGACCAGAAAAACCUGGACGGCGAGACCGCGUCGCACAGUCUUGCCAAGACCGACAAAAACAUGAUCAAGAAGAUGGACAUACUUCUGGCCGUCGGCGCGGACAUGUUCGCCGAAAACCAGAGGGGCAUGUCGGCCUUCGACAUCAUCCAUCGCAGGAUAAAUCCGAUGGAAGCUCAGAGCAUGAAGAUGAUACUGAAGAGACUGUCGCUGUGCAAGUCGCGCCUGCAGCCGAACACCGAGUUAAAAAACGAAAGGUUCUACAAACGUCUGAAACCCAAUCACUGGUCCUAUUGCCAGACCUUCCUCGAGGAGAUCAAGAGGAUGAGAUCGACCAAAUUCAUUGAGACCUGCAGCUUCUACGACCUAUUGACCAAGUGCCACUGCAAGAUUGCCCAGCUGAUGCGGCACCUCGAAUUCGAGAAGAAAUUCAGGGAGUUUGAUCACAGCGUCUUUGAAUUAUACUCCGAGGAUAUAGUGGAGGCUUUCGAGCGCGCGAAGAAGUUCUAUGACGCACUGAUGGACCAGGAGGAGCUGAUCGCUGAAGUUACCAAUAACAUUUUGCCCGACAUGGUAGUGCGAAAAUUAGCCGAUUACACGGUGUGCUGUGAAAUUGACGAGAUCAAGAUGAUAGUCCAAGCAUCUCGUAGCGGCGUACACUCUAAAUGUAAAGUUGAAAAUCAGGAAGUGAACAAAUUAAAACCUACAUUUUUUAGUUUAUAAGUAUUUAAAAGUAAAUGGUAUCCUCACAGAGAAUUAAUUGAUUAAUUAAUUUAUGCAAAUCAAUUCUACAGAUUUACACUUAAUUGUAAUGCUAUCAUUUUUAAUAUUCAUGUAGGUUUUAAUCUUUUCAUUUCCAGAUUUUCAACUUAAGGUUUAGAGUGUACCGCUUUAAGAACUAAUAAAUAAUAAUUAGAAAUAGAUAUAUUGUUAUUUUCAAAUUUAUUUUACUGCACCGACCGCAAAUGAAAUUGUUAUACUCCGUGUAUUUUUAAAUCAGCGAACUUAAAAAGAUAGAUAGCGAUGAGAACAAUUUUAUCGAUGUACUUACUAAAUACAUUGUAGUUUUCAAAUUUAUUUUACUAUACCGACCUCAAAUAAAAUUUUAUAUUUUGCAUAUU